CAAGGCGGACCGAGACCACUGCGCUCAUUCCAGUUCUAUGCUGCCGCUGGGGUCCUGUUGCGCUGUCGCCUCCGUCGCCUGGGUCCCUUCGGCCGUGCCUCUCCGCAGGGGCAUCCUCCCCCACCCCGGGCGCAGACACCAUGUACGGGUUCGUGAACCACGCGCUGGAGCUGCUGGUGAUCCGCAACUACGGCCCGGAGGUGUGGGAGGACAUCAAAAAAGAGGCACAAUUAGAUGAAGAAGGACAGUUUCUUGUCAGAAUAAUAUAUGAUGAUUCUAAAACUUAUGAUUUGGUUGCUGCUGCAAGCAAAGUCCUCAAUCUCAACGCUGGAGAAAUCCUCCAAAUGUUUGGGAAGAUGUUUUUUGUCUUUUGUCAAGAAUCUGGUUAUGAUACAAUCUUGCGCGUCCUGGGAUCUAAUGUCAGAGAAUUCCUACAGAACCUCGAUGCUCUGCAUGACCACCUUGCUACUAUCUACCCAGGCAUGCGUGCACCUUCCUUUCGGUGCACUGAUGCAGAUAAGGGCAAAGGACUCAUUCUGCACUACUACUCAGAGAGAGAAGGACUUCAGGAUAUUGUCAUCGGAAUCAUUAAAACGGUAGCUCAACAAAUACAUGGCACUGAAAUCGACAUGAAGGUUAUUCAGCAAAGAAAUGAAGAAUGUGAUCAUACUCAAUUUUUAAUUGAAGAAAAAGAGUCUAAAGAAGAGGAUUUUUAUGAAGAUCUUGACAGAUUUGAAGAAAAUGGUACCCAGGACUCACGCAUCAGCCCCUACACCUUCUGCAAAGCUUUUCCUUUCCACAUAAUAUUUGACCGGGACCUAGUGGUCACUCAGUGUGGCAAUGCCAUAUACAGAGUGCUUCCCCAGCUCCAGCCUGGCACUUGCAGCCUUUUGUCUGUCUUCUCUCUGGUCCGUCCUCAUAUUGACAUUAGUUUCCAUGGGAUCCUGUCACACAUCAAUACGGUUUUCGUAUUGAGAAGCAAGGAAGGAUUGUUGGAUGUAGAGAAAUUAGAAUGUGAAGAUGAACUGACUGGGACUGAGAUCAGCUGCUUACGUCUCAAGGGUCAAAUGAUCUACUUACCUGAAGCAGACAGCAUACUUUUUCUGUGCUCACCAAGUGUGAUGAAUCUGGACGAUUUGACGAGGAGAGGCCUGUAUCUCAGUGACAUCCCUCUGCACGAUGCCACACGGGACCUCGUUCUUUUGGGGGAACAAUUCAGAGAGGAAUACAAACUGACCCAGGAGCUGGAAAUUCUGACAGACAGACUGCAGCUCACAUUAAGAGCACUGGAAGAUGAAAAGAAAAAGACAGACACGUUGCUGUACUCCGUCCUUCCUCAAUCUGUUGCCAAUGAGCUGAGACACAAGCGUCCGGUGCCUGCUAAAAGAUAUGACAAUGUGACCAUCCUCUUCAGUGGCAUCGUGGGCUUCAACGCCUUCUGUAGCAAGCAUGCCUCUGGGGAAGGGGCCAUGAAGAUUGUCAACCUCCUCAAUGACCUCUACACCAGAUUUGACACACUGACUGAUUCCAGGAAAAAUCCAUUUGUGUACAAGGUGGAGACUGUUGGCGAUAAGUAUAUGACAGUGAGUGGUUUGCCAGAGCCGUGCAUCCACCAUGCACGAUCCAUUUGCCACCUGGCCUUGGACAUGAUGGAAAUUGCUGGCCAAGUUCAAGUAGAUGGUGAAUCUGUUCAGAUAACAAUAGGGAUACACACUGGCGAGGUGGUCACAGGAGUCAUAGGGCAGAGGAUGCCUCGCUACUGUCUUUUUGGAAAUACUGUCAACCUCACAAGCAGGACAGAAACCACGGGAGAAAAAGGAAAAAUAAAUGUGUCUGAAUAUACAUACAGAUGUCUUAUGACACCAGAAAAUUCAGACCCCCAGUUCCUCUUGGAGCACAGAGGCCCAGUGUCCAUGAAGGGCAAGAAAGAACCAAUGCAAGUUUGGUUUCUAUCCAGAAAAAAUACAGGGACAGAGGAAACAAACCAGGAUGAUAACUGAAUCUUGGACUGCGGGAGGAAGACGGGGAUUAGGUUCCGGUUAUCCCCUAACAUCUGGCAAGCCUAGGAGCAGCUGUUACCGAUGGAUACAAAUUCUUGUUUUUGUCGUUUUCAGUGAUCCCAAGCCUAUCUCUUAGGUAUAUCUUUCACUACUCAUUACUCAACUUUCGCUCUGCUUUGGAUUCUUUUCAAGGUUUAAUACAUGAUCUAAAGUUUGGCUUAAAUGUGGAUGAUAUGUGCUUCGUGUGUCUUAAAAUCUACUACAAGCAUUACUCAACAUGGUAAUUUGAAAGUAGUAGACACCCAAUAUGUAUUUGUUGAAUUUAGUUAAAUGAAACUGAACAGUAUUUGGCCUUGUGUAUACAGAUCAUGGUUGACCAAAUCUGUCUCAUGCUUCAUAUAUAUGUAUAUGUAUAUUUUAAUGACUAUAACAUAUAACAAACUUUAUAUCAUGAUGGUGUAUAGCAUUAUAGGAAUCGUUUUCUAAAGGAGUGGAUUGUAAGUUUUAGGGAGAAAAAAAAUGAUUUAUUUUCAGACUCCCAAAGUAAUAAUUAGUAUAUCAUGCUAAGAAAAUAGGGACUAUUUUGAAGUGUGUCAAUUUCCCUUCAGAAAUAUAGAACACACAUGUCUUUUGUUAAAAUAUUUGGUUGCUUAUUCAAAUCAUGUGGCAAUUAUAAUUCCUGUAAAAUGCUAUUGUUUGUAUUGUAUUGUAUUAAAUCUCAUUAACUACACUCAGUGGUCACAGAAAACUGCACUCUUCCCCCGUGAGCUAUUACAUUAGCUUGGGAUACAGGUUCAGGACUCUAACCACUUCCAAGAAUACAACUGGGACACUCUGUCAAUCAGAGCCAUUCCUGGCCUUUUAUUCUCAGAAGUGAACUUCUUUUUCUUAGUUCAGAAGGAUGUGAUUAUAUCUAGGGCAUCAUGUUCAGAUAACUUAGUUUAAUUGCAACAACCAAUGCAUUCCUAUUGGAAUAAUUGGUCUGUUCUUAAAUGUCUCCAUAAUUUAUUAAUAUCUAUCUUUACAAAAUAUAGUGCAAUUACUUUUGUGUAAAAAUGUUUGUCUUUAAAUUUAGUAUUUCAUAUCAACACAUCGAUAUAUGUAUAGACGUUCCAUGUUAAUGUAUAAAAGAAUCUGCAAUAAAUUAUUUUUUCCACUUG